AGGAAAUUUGUUGUCCUUCCAAUCGGUUUUUUGGGGUUGUUUCUCAUUACACGGACACCGAGUUUCUUGUAUUGCCGUCUAUCUACUUUCUUCCAAAUGGACGUCACUAGCUCCAAAGGCAGCCAGCUUCCUCGUCGGUAUAAAUGCAAAUAUGAAGGAUGCGGGAAAGCAUUUACCAAGAUGGGGACACCCACGCGCCCCAGCCUGCCUCAAGGCCACCACUUGGCGAGAACGACGGGGGACGGGGGCAUGCCGGGUUCGGGCCGGGUCGGGGUCACGGGUGGACAAGACCUUCACGGCGUGGCCCAGCAGCACUACCCUCGACAGCACCAAGUGUCUUCGGCUGUCACUGCCUACCAUGGUUCCCACACGAUGCCCACCUCCCGCCCGCCGGUUAUGUGCCACCACGGAGGGUGCAAAGCCGUGUUUCCUUCCGCGCAUGCCCUCAUGCACCACACGCUGCUAAGCUGUCCGGUCCUGUUGGCGGAUCACGAGCACAUCCGUCGCUUGCUCAAGGAGGCCGUCCAUCUUCUCUCGGAUCACUGCCUCAACACCCCCGCCAUUGCUCAUUUUGUGCAGAGAGCCCAGGAGGUUGAUUCCCGACAUAGGGCGGCCGCUCGUCAAGUACAGCAGAAGCAGCAGCAGCAGCAGCAGGCAGGGGCAAUAUUGGCCGAGGAGGAUGACGAGGAAGAGGAGGACGAGGACGAAGAGGACGACGACGGGGAGGAAAUGGAGGAUGGGGACGAGGAAGGGGCGGAGAGCGACCAGUCGCCGCGCCACCCGCGCGAGCACGGCCAAGCCAACAAGCAGGUCCACCAUCCAGAGCACAGGGAUGGGUACGCGGGUCCUCGUCACCAACACCAGGCCCAUGCCCCGCGGGCGGGGGCGGGCAGCCACAUGCAAUGGGAACGAGCGGGGAGUCAGCAGCAGCAGCUCAGCCACAAGCAGCAGCAUCCACACCGGCUAGCCCUGCCAUUGACCGUUACCACGCCUGGGUCGUACUCCCAGCCGCAGGGCACCAGAACGGAGCUAACCUUGCAUCCGACGGGCAGCGCCCCGGACUUGGGGGUGAUCAAGGCAGACAUGACGGACGACAUGGGGGUUGGCUUCUCCUUCACCAUGACACCGCAUGGGACCUUGACGGGGAGCAGCCGAUUCAACGGCUUCGAGAACGCGGAUGCCCAGCCUUCCCUGCUGACGCCGGGGGCCAAUAGCCUCAUGUCUCCUAGCUUGGCCUUCGACUUUCCCUCCUCGACAAACGAGGCCACCACAGAAGGGAUGCCUCCGCAGGCACUGGCUAUCUUUUCUCCGAGCCAGGGGGCCUUUGUCUUUCCGGAACGGUAUUGA